GGGCGUUGUUAGCGCAUGAUGUAUUUCCGCUUCCUCUCGGCCCAGUAGCUUUUGGUUGUACUAGCUAGCUUGUUGCGGGGAGGGAGGGGGAAGAUUGUUUGCAGUGAAGGAGCUCAGUGUACGGGAAGGUAAACUGAGCUCCCCAGAGACUGUCAUCCCGCAGCCUCGGUUCGGGCCCAGCCUUCUCUCUCCAGUUGCCACCACAGCCUGGAGGCGCCUGCCUCCGCCCUCCCGAAUGGUGCUACUCCUCAAAGGCCUCGGCCCAGGAUCCAAACCCCCUUUGCCCCCUGCCUCGGAGCGGUUGCUCCGGGUUUCUCCUGGUGGACUCCUCGCGACGGGGACGGAAGAACUUUUGCACCGACAAGGCUGUAGCUUUAGGAACCCCGCUGACAACGUGAAUCUUGGCCUCUAACCCAGUGUGAGGUCAUUCCCGUGUCCCUUUUUACACCCUUUGAGAAGAGAAACUCUUCUUGUUACCUGGAGCCCGGGAAGCCCCAAGCUGGGGCCCUGGUCCCACCAUGUCAGUCCUCUCUUGUGCAUAGGGCUGUGCCCUCUCCCCAUUAGCAUGGCUGAAUUCAGGCAGGUUCCAGGGGGGCGGGAGACCCCGCAGGGGGAACUUCGGUCUGAGGUUGUAGAGGAUGAAGUCCCUCGGAGCCCGGUCGCAGAGGAGCCGGGAAGAGGUGGAAACAACAGCAGUGAGACCAAAUUGUCUCCAAGAGAGGAGGAAGAACUGGAUCCUCGAAUACAGGAGGAGCUAGAGCAUCUCAACCAGGCCAGUGAGGAGAUCAACCAGGUGGAGCUGCAGCUGGAUGAGGCCAGGACCACCUACCGAAGGAUCUUGCAGGAGUCAGCAAGGAAGCUCAACACACAGGGCUCCCACUUGGGGAGCUGCAUCGAGAAGGCCCGGCCCUACUAUGAGGCUCGGCGGCUUGCUAAGGAGGCCCAGCAAGAGACACAGAAGGCAGCGCUGCGGUAUGAGCGGGCCGUGAGCAUGCACAAUGCUGCCCGGGAGAUGGUGUUUGUGGCUGAGCAGGGUGUCAUGGCUGACAAGAACCGGCUGGACCCCACAUGGCAGGAGAUGCUCAACCAUGCCACCUGCAAGGUGAAUGAGGCAGAGGAGGAGCGGCUUCGUGGUGAGCGGGAACAUCAGCGGGUGACUCGGCUGUGCCAGCAGGCUGAAGCUCGGGUCCAGGCCCUGCAGAAGACUCUCCGGCGGGCCAUUGGCAAGAGCCGCCCCUACUUUGAGCUCAAGGCCCAGUUCAGCCAGAUUCUGGAGGAGCACAAGGCCAAGGUGACAGAGCUGGAGCAACAGGUGGCCCAGGCCAAGACUCGCUAUUCAGUUGCCCUGCGCAACCUGGAGCAGAUCAGCGAGCAGAUCCAUGCCCGGCGCCGGGGCCAGCCCCCUCAUGCCCCUGGCCAGCGGCGCUCCUCCCCUGUGGGGGCAGAGGCCGGGCCUGAUGGUGGCGAGGAUGGAGACAGUGGUAUCAUAGAAGGGGCUGAAGGCGGGGUGCUGGAGGAGGGCAGUAGCCUGGGGCCUGGCCCUGCCCCUGACACAGACACACUGAGCCUGCUGAGCCUACGCACAGUGGCCUCAGACCUGCAGAAGUGUGACUCUGUGGAGCACCUGCGGGGCCUCUCAGACCACACCAGUCUGGAUGGCCAGGAGCUGGGUUCCCGGAGUGGGGGGCGCUGGGGCAGUGAUGGCGGGGGCCGUGGGGGCCGCCACCAGCGCAGCAUCAGCCUGUAGUUCAUGCUCAGGGUGGCUGGUUCCUACCACCAUUGGCCCAUGUAGGGCUCCAAGCUCCCUGUCCUCAGGUCCUUGCUUCCCUUGGAGAGGUCAGGUUGGCUCUUGUCUCUGGUGAAUUUCUCUCCCUCCUCCCCCAGUUCUUUGCAGGUGGCAGCUCUCUUUGCCUUACCCCUUCAGAAGGCUUUUUCUAUGGCUCUCACAUUUGCCCUCCCCCUGCUAGCUCCUCUUGGUCUGAUGUUCUUCACUGCCCCCUUUCUGCUUUCCUUCCAUCUGUCUGGCUUUCCCCUCAGGGAACUUGGUCUAGAAGGUACAGGGUAGCCCACUGGAGAAGGUGGAUGUGGGACCUGAGUUUUGACAUCUUGGCCCCCUGGUUUGAGGCAAUAGACAGGUGUCCCUCCCACCUCCCCAUCUCCCAAGGGGGCCUAGGGAUGCUACAGAGCCUCUGUCCUAGCCUGCCUGUAUGUAAUCUGUAAAAUGCACUGUAGGACUGUGUGCCUCUGGAAAACACUACACUUCCCUGCAGUGCUCCCUUCUCAUUACCUAAGCCACUUUGCUGUGUGUGCCACAAAGAAGGACUUGAAGGGUACCAGUGUCAGAGAAGUUGAAACCCAACCCCACUGUCCACAUAGAGGACACCACCUCCAGACAGGCUCCCAUGUGCAUGUUGUUUCCCCAGCUGAGCUGGGCCAUUAACAUUGCCAAGGUGCUAGUGGGUCUCUAGCAGGGUCCAUGUUGGGGGGUGGAGACAUAAUGAGGUCCUGAUGGUUGAGGCCUUCGCGGUUCCUGCUGCAGAGUUGGGUUUACUUUUUCUGGGUGGAGGUCACUGAGCUUAAUCUCAGCGCCCUCCUGCUGGGUGGAGUUAGGGAAUUUGGUGCUCAAUCCCUCUCCCUCUCUCUUCCCCAAAUCAGACAAUACCUACUCCAGAAUCCCUUGGGGACUGUUCAGGUUUGGCUACUGAGCCUUCUCUGAUGCAGGGAGGGGUUGCCCUAGGGUGAAGGGACCCACCCUCCUUUGGGAGGGGUUUGGUGGUGCUCCAGGCUGUAAGGGAGGAAAAGCAGGGAAGCCACACUGGAUCUGGGUGCCUUGGGAGAACUGGUCCUUCCUCCUUUCCCACCCUAAGAGGUCUGAGAGCUGGACUCUGGGCAGGAUAGCUUGUGCCUAGGCCUGUAUGCUGCUGCCAUCAACUGGGAGGAGUGGGCCAUCAUAUGGAGGGUGUUUCCCUGUGCUAAGAUGGUCACUAUGAGAACCACUGGGUUUGAGGUGGCCAUGGGUGGAGGGGAGAAAGGGAGGGAGGAUGUGGGCAAGCGUGUGUGCAUGUGUUGGGGUGUGUGUGUGUGUGAGAGAGUGAGUGUGAGAGA